AUGCCAAAAGGCACUGGAAGGUUUGAAGUGACAGAAAGUGGCAGUGCAGUUGCAAGCGGAAUAAUUCGCGCUGUAAAAAAUCCCGUACAAGAAAAAAUACCAGUUGCACUUUUAUCAGAAAAUGACGACGAGGAAGAAAUAAUGACUACGAAGGACAUUUAUAAAGAACUAAGACUACGCGGCUAUCAAUACAGUAAUUCAUUUUGCUCCUUAAAGAGUUCCUCAAUCUCAGGAAAAAAAGGACACAUUACUUGGACAGAUAAUUGGGUAACAUUUCUUGAUAAUAUGUUGCAAAUGAUGAUUCUGAGACUGGACACGAGGAAUUUGUACGUACCUAUGAGAAUACAGAAGAUAGUAAUCGAUACUAAGUUUCACCAACAAGAACUCAAAAAGUUAGGUUCCGAAGAUGGACAGUUAUCAGUAUAUGUGUACAAAGAAUGGGAGACCAUCAUCUCAGGUGGAGUCGAAAUUCGUGGUGUAGGAGCAAUAGAUAUAUCCCGCCAACCAUCAACCGGUAAUUCAGUUCUCGAAGAAUACAAGUUUGUCGCAUAUCGUGAUGAUGCGCAAGUUUCUCUCCAAGAAGCUAUCAGAUUAUCCACGCACAUUGCACUUGAAUAUCAUCAAGCUAUUCAUGUGAAGACUAUCGAACUGAUUGAUAGCUCUGACAAUGUGAUAGCAAAAGACUUAACAUCUCCUAUAAUUGCCGAAAUUCUGAGUGAUUUACCUUUGAUUCAGGCAAAUGUGAUUCUAACGGCAUCAUCCAAUCAAUUCAACGAUGCAUUACCUCCAAACGUGAACUUUAUAAAUAUGGAAGACCUAUCCACUGAAGAGAACGCUAUCCUCGUCGUUGGUAUCGGGCUUCUAACAAAAAGUAAAAAUAUUCAGCUAGAACAAAUUUUAUCAAAAUUAAAGAAUGGAGGUUUUGUGUUGACGCGAGAGAAAUCAUUCAAACUUGAGAAUCCUUCGGUACUUUCGAAAUACGGAUUAGAUAUAAUAUUAGAAAAAAGUACUAUGAAAGAGAGUAUUAUACUACUGAAGAAAAAAGACAAAGUGAUUAAAAAAACGGAAAUUAUCUAUGUUAACAAUACUGAAUUCACUUGGCUCGAAAAGCUGAAUUUGAUCAUGAAAACGGAAAAUGAAACAAAUAAUAGAAUACUACUUGUCAGCGAAGGAGAUUUUGAAAGUGGUUUGCUGGGAUUUGUAAAUUGUUUGAGAAAGGAAUUAGGUGGAGAAAUAAUCAGAAGCGUAUUAAUACAAGACAUCAAUGCUCCUAAAUUUUCUCUUCAAAAUUCUUUUUAUUCUAAACAGCUUCAACUAGAUUUGCCGAUGAAUGUUUUGCGUCCGGGAAAAGUAUGGGGGUCCUAUAGACAUCAACCGCUGUCAUUAAGUUUAAAAUCGAAACCUGUUUCUCACGCUUUUGUUAAUCAAAUGGUACGCGGUGACUUAAACACGCUUCGUUGGAUUGAAGGUCCUAUACAUCCUGACAAUCAUAAAGAUCUAGUCUACGUAGUAUAUUCGCCCAUCACUUUCAGAGAUGUUAUGUUUGCUACGGGAAAACUUGUUAUGGAUACAAGUUUCAUGCGUACUCGAUUUAACGAAUGCUCGGUUGGAAUGGAAUAUGUUGGCAUUGAUACUGCUGGCCAGCGUGUCAUGGGACUUUAUGAAACUAGAGCAAUAACAAAUCUCAUAAUACCUGAUAGAAGCCUAUGCUGGAAUGUGCCAGAUAAUUGGUCGCUGGAAGAUGCAGCCACUGUGCCGUGUGCGUACGUCAUGUGUUAUUACGCAUUAUACGUAAGCGGAGAAAUGAAGAAGGGUGACAAAGUACUUAUUCAUUCUGGUACUGGCGGUAUCGGUCAAGCAGCAAUUCAUCUUGCUCUUCACAAAGGUUGCGAAGUAUUUACUACUGUGGGUACACCUGAGAAACGCAAGUUUAUUCGAGAAAUGUUUCCAUCAAUUCCGGAUGAUCAUAUUGGCAGUUCGCGCAACACACAUUUCGAGCAAAUGAUACUUCAACUAACAAACGGCAACGGUGUGGAUAUUGUUCUAAACUCGUUGGCUGAAGAUAAACUUCAAGCGUCGGUACGAUGUCUGGGAUAUGGCGGUCGUUUCUUACAGAUCGGCAAGUUCGAUAUAAUUGCGGAUAAUUCCUUGGGUAUGAUGGUCUUUUUAAAGGAGGUCAGUUUCCAUGGAAUUAUGUUGGAUAAUCUAUUUUCAAAUACUGAGAAAGAAAAAUUGCGUUUGCGUGACAUGGUGAAUGAAGGUCUUAAGAAUGGUGCUAUUAAGCCACUUUUUAGAAAAAUAUUUGAAAAAGACGAUGUGGGAGCUGCCUUCAAAUAUAUGAUGGAUGGAAAGCACAUAGGCAAGGUGAUCUUAAAAGUUUGUAAUGAGAAGGAAGCUAAAAAGAUAUCUAUUUGCGCUGAACCUCGAUAUUAUUGUGACAGUAAGAAAAGCUAUCUUAUUCUUGGUGGUCUAGGUGGCUUUGGAUUAGAAUUAGCUGACUGGUUAAUACUCCGAGGUGCUAGAAAUUUAGUUUUGACAUCACGAACGGGAGUAAAGACUGGUUACCAACGUAUGCGAGUCGACCGGUGGAAAUCGUACGGUGUAAACAUAUUAAUCAUCACUGGUGCUGACACAUCAAAUCAUAAGGAUUGCGAAUUCAUAUUAAGAUCCGCAGAGAAACAGGGUCCGGUAGACGCUAUUUUUAAUCUUGCCGUAGUAUUAAAGGAUAGUAUAUGUAUGAAUCAGACGGCAAAAUCAUUCGAAGAAUCUUUUAAAGCAAAAGCUUGGUCUACAAAAGCUUUAGAUGAGUUAUCCAGAAAAUUGUGUCCACAACUUCGACAGUUCGUAGUAUUCUCAUCAAUCUCUUGUGGAAGAGGUAAUGCCGGGCAAACAAAUUAUUGUAUGGCAAACUCCAUAAUGGAGAGAAUAUGUGAACGGAGAGCAGCAGAAGGUCUGCCAGCACUGGCUAUUCAAUGGGGCGCUAUUGGCGAUGUUGGUCUCAGUGCCGACUGGCAGUAUAAUAAAGAACACGAUAAUGGAACUCAGAAGCAGGAAAUAUCCUCUUGUCUUGAGAAUAUGGAAAGCUUCUUAAUGCAGAAUCGCCCAGUAGUAGCUAGCAUGGUAGUUGCCGAAAAGCACCUAGUAGCUCAUAAUACUACUACUAUUACAGAAAUUGUAGCAAAUAUACUAGGUUUAAAGGAUAUUACGGCUGAGGUUCAAAAAACACCAUUAAGUGAAUUCGGAAUGAACUCAAUGAUGGCCGUAAAGAUCAAGCAAACGUUGGAACGAGAAUUUGACAUCUUUCUCACUGCUCAAGACAUCCACAAAUUAAACUUUGCUAAAUUGACAACAAUGUGCGGUAAUAAAUAUAUAGAACAAGAGAAAACACAAAUCGAGCAGAAAACAAUUGAUAUACCCGGUAUACAACUGCUGAUCCAAACAAUAGAUGAUAAGGACAUGAUUUCUGAAAUUUGUAUAGAUCUUUCUACCAGAAAAGAUCCGCGUAGGAUCAAUGCAUUUAUUCUACCGGGUAUAAAAAGUUGUAUAACAAUAUUUAAAUCAUUAGCGUCAAAGAUCAAACCUACAUCAACUAUCUUGCAGUAUGGAACAAAUAAUAUCGGUCUCACUCAUACAUCUAUACCAGAAUAUGCUGAUUUUCUUUUACCAUAUAUUUUACCAACAGUGGAAAAGCAAAGAAGUUUUGUCUUAGUUGGAUAUUCGUUUGGUUCGUUACUUGUCAUCGAAUUAGCAAGACGAUUAGAAAAACACGGCUUAACUGGUAGAUUAAUACUUAUUGAUGGCACUCCAGAUUUAAUAAAAGCAAUGAUAGAACAAUAUUUACCAUUUUCCACGCAAGAAGAACUUCAAAACAAUGUUUUAUUAAGCAUAAUGAAUACUUUACAACCAAAUUUUACUGCAAAGUUACGUUCAGAUCUUAACAAGUGCACAACUUGGGAUGAAAAGUUAAACAGUUUUGUUUCCUAUUGCACGUCCGAUAAUAUAUCGCUUUCUGCAGAAAAUCAGAAGGCGUUAUGCACAACCUUUUAUAGAGACGUUCUCGCUCUUCAAAAAUAUGAUAUAUCGUCUUUGUCACAAAUACGUACACCUGUGACACUUUUGAAAUCUUCAUUACAUGUUGUUAGUACACCUACUGAAGAUUUUGGUUUGCGCAAGAUUACGCUGGAUAAAGUCGAAAUACAUUACGUCGAAGGUAAUCAUAUCACAAUAUUACAGAGCGACAAAGUAAUAACUGCAAUUAAUGGAGAACCGUUAAAAGAUCCAAAAGAAUUUAGAAAACUGUUAUCAGAAGAUCGAUCACUCCAAUAUAGAGAGAGCGAGCAAACAAGAAAAUAAAUUAUAGCAUAAAAACUCAUUUAUGCUAACAUAAAAAUUCACUUAUAAUAAAAGAAUAUAAAGUUAAUUACACGUGCAAUACAAACGUGUAACACAAACAAAAAAAUUAUUUUUUUCAUAUACUUAUGGGGUUUUAUAUGUUAAGUAAUAAAUACACAAUAUAAAUGUGAUUUAGGGAACACAACUUAUAUAUUUGCAAAAAAACAUAAAAGAAGAAGCAGAACAAAACCGAUACAGCAUGUAAGAGAGUUUUAUAUAAUUUUUAAUGUUUAUUUUAAUAUAUAUGCAUGUAUGUGUGUGCGUGUCUCAUCUUAAAUUUUGACAAAAAUAUAAAAAUAUUAAAUUUUGUUCAACAAAUGUUGAGUUAUUUUGAACUAGUUCUUUUAGCUCUCAUACAAAUUAUGAUGAAACUAACGUAAACACUAACAUUCCAUUAUUAUCUAAACUUUUAGAAAGAGAAAAAGAAAGCACAAUAUUUCUAAAUUAUAGUAAUAAUAAAAAAAUUUUAGUACCAAAAAGUUUUUCUCUUAUAUAAAAUGAUCCGGUAUUGUCUGUUUCAUGGUUAUCUAAUAUAAGAAUUAAUAUUAACAAAAGGAAAGAUUGAAAAGAAAUACUUGUUUUGUGAAAAUAUUGUGUGGUAAUAUAUAACACUACCAGAACUUACAAAUUUUUAUGUAUUCUUUGUUGUCCAUGUUUACUUGUUCUUAGUCCAAAAUUCUAUUGCUAUUUUUUAACCAUAAAACAAAAGUUUGAUUUGUUAAGAUUUGUUAUUAAGUUUGAUUUGUUAUUAACUGAUAAUUCUAGAGAACUCUGCGACCUAGCAAAAUCCUAGCCUUAUAUGAUGUCUUAUCAAAAGGAAUUAAAUAUUUUGUCAUGUUCUAGCAUACUUUACGAUUUCUUUCUUUAUUUGCAACAUUGCUUGUGAAUUCUUUGAAAACAUUUAAACUGUUAAAAUGAUAAAACCGUUGAAACCGAUUUUGAGAUAGAAAAUUUAUAAGAUUAGAAAGAAAUCAUAAAUUAAAUAAUCUAAUCUUUAACCUUAUCCUGUAAAUAAAAAUUAUAAAUUAAAACUUUCAUCACCAAAUAGAGUUUACUCAGUAGAAUCGCGCAUUUAUGGAAUAUUGUUUAGGAUUAAACUAUGAAAUCUUCUUAUCUCAUUUAGAAUAAUGCAAAACGGAUACACAAAGACAAAACAGUACUAGUCUUUGAUAAUAAUUAUAACUUUAACUUUUUGGCUACAGCUGAACUAGCUGUGGGGCUGUACUACUAUACGGAGUAUAGUUGCGGAGUAUAGCAGUUCUGUUGCAAAAUGUGAACUAACGAUAUUAGUAAAAAUUGUAAAAACAUGCAAAACAUUCCCGUAUUGUAAUGGGUGUGUUUAGCCGAAGUUAGCGCUACGUAGCGGCUUCAUGUAGCAGUUGCAAUUGCUGCGUUACUUCUGCUG